UGCAAUACUACUGAGACAACUAGGCACAGCUUAGCACACAGAUACAGCAUACCGUCUAUUUCAGCCCCGCUGUAAGUGAUACCGCACUAAGGAACACUUUCAUCAAACUCCGUUGGGGGACAGAACACCACCCAGGCUACAGCCCAUUUACGUGUUAUUUUUUUGUUGCUGAAUAAUAACCUUUAAAAAAAAUAAACAGUGCCGACAGAGCUGAAGUUUUCAGUAAUCGUACCAAACUGUUUCAUUUUUGUGCGCUCUUGGAUGGAAGUUUAUGCGCUUGUUAAAACGCUGUUACACAUGCUCAAUGAAACGAUCUUCCAUACAAGCGAUUUGCACCAUUUGUUGCAAGAGAGAGCAUUUUAAAACACACGCAGGCUAGGGCUAUUUCAUGUAAAUCAAGCGACUUGGACCAUCAGCAUCUCUCCUGCCGCCCGCGAUUGAACCACAGUUAACCCAAGAUAUCUGAAGAGGAAUUACAUAGGCUCUUUGAGUUACAAAAAUAUUCUGCAAUCAAUGCUUUUGCCUCCCGCAUGUGGACCAUAGACUUUUUUAGGACAUGGAUCAUUUGCUGUAGUGGAUAACCCUAUUGAUGUGUGUUUUGUUUGAUUCACGCUACCGAAGAGGAUCUUUUUUUUCUCCACUUUUCCACUUCAGUGUAAUUCUAUGGCACUUCUUCUUCUAAAGCACUGAUGUCGCUACGUGACGGGAAUUGCGAUUGAUUUUCCAUAUUCUGUUUCAAGGGAUAGAAGUGACAGAGUUGCAGCUUUAAGAAAAAAAUACUCCCACCCUCUCUGAUUAUGGACUUAGCAGGUCAAGCUCAUGUGCUGGUGGUGUUACUCACCUGCCUGGUCUUGCUGUCCUGGGCCCAAGAGAAGGACUACACGGUGAGGGAGGAGCAGCCCGAGAAUGUUCGCAUCGGGAACCUACGGAAGGACUUGGACCUGAACCUUGACCCUGACGUCAAGCUGUCCUCGCCACUGCAGUUCAAGCCCGUCUACAAAACGGGCGAUGUGCCUUUGGUGAGGGUAGAGGCCAACACCGGGGAGAUCUUCACCACGGCUCAUCGUAUUGACCGAGAGAAGCUCUGCUCGGGAGUAUUCAACGAGAAGCGCUGCUUCUAUGAGAUUGAAGUAGCCGUUCUGCCUGACGAGAUCUUCCGUCUGGUUAAGAUCCGGUUCCUGAUUGAGGACAUCAAUGACAACGCUCCACUCUUCCAGUCCACCGUAAUAAACAUUUCCAUCCCAGAGAACACAGCCAUCAACACCCGGUACCCCGUGCCCUCUGCAUUUGACCCAGAUGUGGGGAUCAAUGGGAUCCAACACUAUGAACUUGUCAAGAGUGUAAGUGAGUUUGGCCUAGACAUCAUCGAGACCCCAGAGGGAGACAGAUGGCCUCAGCUGAUCGUCCAGCAGAGCCUGGACCGCGAGCAGAAGGACACCUUCGUCAUGAAAAUCAAGGUGGAGGACGGAGGAACGCCACCCAAGUCCAGCACGGCCAUCCUCCAGGUCACCAUCUCCGACGUCAACGACAAUCGGCCGGUCUUCAAGGACAGUGAGGUGGAGGUGAACAUCCCCGAGAACGCCCCCAUAGGAACCUCCGUCACCCAGCUCCACGCCACGGACGCAGACCUCGGCUCCAACGCCCAGAUCCACUUCUCCUUCUCRAARCAGAUCUCCUCAUCCWCCAAGAGGCAUUUUUCCAUKGACAGCACCYCCGGGCUGAUCACUGURAAGCAGCCCUUAGACKGYGAYGCCACRCCYGUCCACAAACUCAURGUCCUYGCCAGCGAUGGCAGCUCCACCCCCUCCAGAGCUYCMGUUAUCGUCAACGUAARGGACAUUAAUGACAACGUUCCGUCCAUAGACACUCGGUAUAUAAUGAACCUUGUAAAUGGAACGGUUCUACUGUCAGAGAACGCUCCUCUCAACACAAAAAUAGCCCUAAUUACAGUGACGGACAAGGACUCGGAUCUGAACGGCAAAGUGACUUGUUACACUGACCAUGACGUUCCUUUCAGGUUAAAGCCAGUCUUUAAUGACCAGUUCCUGCUGGAGACUGCGGCCCCCUUAGAUUACGAAACAACCAGGGAAUAUGCAAUUAAGAUCGUAGCGUCGGAUUCAGGGAAGCCUCCUUUGAACACUUCAGCGAUGGUUUUAAUWAAAAUUAAGGAUGAGAAUGACAACGCUCCCAUCUUCCCUCAGCCUGAGAUUCAGCUGUCCAUACCAGAYAACAAUGAUCCAUCCACGCAGCUCAUAAAGAUCAGUGCCARGGAUGCAGACAGCGGACAUAAUGCAGAGAUUAUUUAUUCUCUUGGCCCUGACGCSCCUGAUGGGUUUAACAUAGAUKGACGGUCAGGAAUCCURUCCGUUGGCAAACGCCUGGARAGAGAGAAGCAGGAGAAGUAUUCYUUCACUGUCAUGGCGAGYGACAAUGGGUCUACUUCSCUGCAGAGCAAUGUCACAGUGAGGUUAAUAGUGCAGGACCUCAACGACAACAGCCCAGCUUUCACCCAUCCUGAGUAUAACUUCUACGUGCCUGAGAACCUGCCUCUGUACGGGACCGUGGGUCUGAUCACCGUCACAGAUUCUGACGCAGGUGACAACUCUGUCAUAACACUGUCCAUCCUGAACGGGAAAGACAAUUUCKUUAUUGAUCCCCAGACCGGUGUGAUCAAACCCAACAUCACGUUUGAUAGAGAGCAGCAAAGCUCAUACACUUUUAUGGUGAAGGCUAUAGACGGAGGGCAACCACCCAGCACUUCAUACGCCAAGGUCACCAUAAARGUUGUGGAUGUCAAUGACAAUCGACCCGUUUUUGUUAURCCCUCYUCCAACUACUCUUACGAUCUGGUCCAGUCUACCACCAGCCCUGGGUCUGUGGUCACCAGGGUYUUCGCUAUAGACAAUGACACUGGCAUGAAUGCUGAGCUGCAGUACAGCAUCAUUGGGGYAUCACCAAGAGGGCUGUUUGCCAUAGACAAAACAACUGGUAAUAUAACUCUGCAGGAGAAGAUAGUCUCAGCCGAUCAGGGUUUACACAGGCUAGUMGUGAAAGUCAAAGACCUGGGCCAGCCGGAGUCCUUACACGCAAUCGCCCUCAUUCACCUGUUCAUUAACGAGACUGUAUCCAACGCUACSUUCAUUCAAGAGCAGCUACGUAAGAGCUUGGAGACUCCAUUGGACCGUAACGUGGGAGACAGUGAGGUCACACCCCAAGCCAACGGAUACGUGAUUGUUGUCAUCGCUAUUAUAGCUGGGACUAUGACKGUCAUCUUAGUCAUCUUCGUGACAGCUUUAGUGCGCUGCCGUCAGACGCCCAGGCACAAAGUGGUGCAGAAGGGCAAGCAGAGCGGCGAGUGGGUGUCGCCCAACCAGGACAACCGUCAAAUCAAGAAGAAAAAGAAGAAAAAGAAGAGAUCCCCUAAGAGCCUCCUCUUGAACUUUGUCASCAUAGAAGAAUCCAAGCCUGAUGAUCCCAGCCAGGAGCACAUUAAUGGAACCCUGGACCUGCCUGUGGAGCUAGAUGAGCAGACCAUGGGGAAAUACAACUGGGCCACUACGCCGACCACCUUCAAACCUGACAGUCCAGACUUAGCCAAGCAUUACAAGUCUGCCUCCCCCCAGCCAACCUUCCAAAUCAAACCAGAGACCCCGAUGGCGCCCAAUAAACACCACGUGAUUCAGGAGCUCCCGCUAGACAACACGUUUGUGGUGGGCUGUGACUCGCACUCCAAGUGCUCCUCCACCAGCUCAGACCCGUACUCGGUCUCAGAGUGCAGCUGUCAGGGGGGAUUCAAGACUUCUGGGCAAAUCCACACCAGACAGGAGACGGGACUGAAACCACCACUCUAUGACACACUCUGUGGCUCAGGUACAACUCGCUGCCACAGGAUAAAAAUCAAUCUCUAGCUGCCAGUACCUAGAGAGAGAAAGAGAGAGGGAGAGAGAGAGAGAGAGAGGGAGGAAGGCACAGAUGAAGAGGUGGAUCUCAUACUAUACAGUCUCUACAGCCUCAAAACACCAACCAUCAAAAGGAAUAUGUUAAUUUGUUUUUAUUUUUUUUGUGGGCGAAAAAAAAAGAAGUAUUACUUGAAUAAUUUUCACCGAAAUGAAGACACGUUGUUGCCUGCCUGAAACUUGACAAAGCUCUACUUGUGAAUCCUGUAGGAGGGUUUGAAAUACUUUACAGAAACCCUAUACCAUCACUUAUCUCGUAUCUAUCUCCUAGAUGAUGACACGUUAUGAUCCGCCCUGUAAAAACAAUGAAUAGUUAUUCUGUACUGUAUUCUGUAAAGUAUGUUUAUAUGUAUGUAUAUUUAUCACAGAGUUCACUGUGUUUAUAUUUAUUGAUUCUGUUUGAGUAAAGUUUGACCUACACUCUUAGAAAUAAGGGUUCCGUAGGGGUUCUAAGGCUGUUUCCAUAGGAGAACCUUUCUUGGUUCCAGGUAGAACCCUUUUUGGUUCCAGUUAGAACUCUUCUGGAUUCCAUGUAGAACCCUCUGUGG